AUGUCUCUAGAAGGGCUGCAAGACCGCCUCACGGCACUGCAGGAAACCACAGCCCAGCUUCGAGACCUAAUCGAGCGGCUUUCCAACCUCAAAUUCACCCCUGGCGCAGUGCCUCUACGAGCCGACGAAGACAACACCGUUUCGGCCGAACUCGGCUCUGAGAUUAGUCAAAUACUGCGGGAAGAGGAGGAUGAGCUCGAGAUUUUAAAAGAGGAGGUGGAAGACUUGCGCUCAGGUCGUCCGGGGAGCGACGCCGAGCACCAGAAGAAGCGACUGAAGGAGUCUUUAGCUCGCUUGGAGAAGGAACUCUCAGUCCAUCGUGUGUCCUUUCGACAAGCCCAGCUCGCGGCGCGGCAAAGCCUCAUCGAAGCCCAGAAGCUCGAGCGCGAGAUUCUCCUCAAGUCAUAUUCGCAGCCGAUCCCGGCCGACGAUGUUUCGCUUGGCGAUGACGGGGCAAACGGUGGCUCUGGAGUAACGCACCCACCGUUUCGCAAGAACCAGGCCACCAAUCUUUCGGAAGAGGAUCAGCAGGUCGUGGCAGCCAGCACAGAAGCCACGCGGGGUCUACAUCGGCUGCGCGACAACAUCGAAAAAGCGCUUCUUGUCAGCGCGGCCACCCAGGAAUCACUCGAGGAAUCCUCCACGGCGCUCACGCAGGUCGGGGAUUCGUACAUGUCCCUCGACACGAUGCUUUCGUCGUCCAAGGAACUCUUGGGAACGCUUGUCAAGUCCCAGAAGAGCGAUACUUGGUAUCUUCAGACAUCGCUUUACAUGCUGCUGGUGACGUUGGGGUGGCUCGUUUUCCGGCGAUGGAUGUAUGGUCCACUGUGGUGGCUCGUCUGGCUUCCUCUAAAACUGGUAUUCAAGACUUCGGUUGGCGUAUCCAAUGCUGUUGGCCAAGCAGGUGGCCGGUCGGACGGAGCUAGCCAGGCCGGGUUGCAGGACGCCAAGGCUUCUGUCGAGGGUCUACCCGAUGAGAGCCUACCCACAGUCAAGGUCCAAACGGACCCGUCAGAUAAAUCGGAAGUGGAUCCGGACUCCAUGGUAGAAAAAGUCGGCAAGUUGAUCGACGAGGGUGAAGCGGAAGGUGACCUGGCAGUAUCUCAAGAUGCCGCAGACAUAAACACCAAGGAGAAGGACGAGCUAUGA